AUGAGUUUACGAUCACAAAAUCCCAUCAAAUUGACAACUUUCAUCUCUUCCGAAAACAUGAGCAACCCUGGAGAUGAAAAGGAGCUGUGUCAAAGGAAGAGGAAAUCGACCAUUUGUGAAGCCUCUAACUUUAGGACAUCCAGGAGAAGAUUCUGCAGCAACCAAAUUGAAGAGGGAGUUUCAACAACAUUGAAGCUUUACGAUGACCCAUGGAAGAUCAAGAAGACUCUAACUGAUAGUGAUUUGGGAAUCCUAAGUAGACUCUUGUUUGCUGCAGAUUUGGUCAAGAAACAAAUUUUGCCUAUGUUGGGUGCAGAUCAUGCAAGAGCUGCUGAAACUGAAGAAGGUACCCCAGUUAGAGUUUGGGACAUGGACACCAAAUCCAUGCACCAACUCGUCCUAAAGCGAUGGUCUUCAUCCAAGAGCUAUGUUCUUAUUGGAAAGUGGAACCAAGACUUCGUCAGGAGAAGAGAUCUAAAGAAAGGUGAUGAGAUCGGAUUUCAUUGGGAUCCAUAUAAUUGCAUUUUCAAUUUCUGUGUUCUCAAACGAGCUAUUCCAGAUAAUUAA